UUAUGAGUGACUCCGUGGCUCACUCAGAUGAUUAAAUUAAUGUCAUCUUAUAAACGAACACGUCCUCCGCAUUGGAGAUUGUUCCCCUUUGUCGUACUGUCUCUUGCACUCCUCACUAUUCUCACCGGUUCCCUCUCCUCUCUCUUUCGCUCCAAAGCACUUGCAUCCACAUUGAAUAUGGCUGAGGGUACACAAUCUAAUGCUGAGUUGUUUGAGUGGCCGAAGAAAGAUAAGCGCCGCUUCCUGCAUGCUGUGUACCGUGUUGGUGAUCUUGAUCGCACCAUCAAGUUUUAUACUGAAUGUUUCGGGAUGAAGCUUUUGAGGAAAAGAGAUAUUCCAGAAGAGAAAUAUUCCAAUGCUUUUCUUGGAUUUGGCCCUGAACAAUCCCAUUUUGUUGUGGAAUUAACUUACAAUUAUGGGGUGAGCUCAUAUGAUAUUGGAACUGGCUUUGGACAUUUUGCUAUUUCAACUCCAGAUGUUUACAAAUUGGUUGAAAACAUCCGGGCUAAGGGUGGAAACGUCACUAGGGAGCCUGCUCCAGUUAAAGGCGGGACAUCUAUUAUUGCCUUUGUGAAGGAUCCUGAUGGUUAUGCUUUUGAGCUCAUCCAAAGAGCUUCAACCCCUGAGCCAUUGUGCCAAGUAAUGCUCCGUGUUGGUGAUUUAGAGCGCUCAAUUAAGUUUUAUGAAAAGGCUUUGGGUUUGAGGUUGGUAAGGAAGGUUGAUAGACCUGAAUACAAGUACACUUUAGCCAUGCUUGGGUAUGCAGAGGAGCAUGAGACAAUUGUGUUGGAGCUGACAUAUAACUAUGGUGUCACUGAAUACACCAAGGGAAAUGCUUAUGCACAGGUUGCUAUUGGUACUGAUGAUGUAUACAAGAGUGCUGAGGUUGUCAACUUAGUCACACAAGAGCUUGGAGGGAAGAUUACUCGGCAACCAGGGCCAAUUCCUGGCCUUAACACAAAGAUCACUGCUUUCUUAGAUCCUGAUGGAUGGAAAACUGUCUUGGUCGACAAUCAAGAUUUUCUGAAGGAACUUGAGUGAAGAGUGCUGUCUUUUCACAAAAUAUGAAGUACUAGUGCUAUUGUAUGAAUAAGUGAUCAACUUGUGUGUUUAUCUGUGUAGUACUCUUCAGUAUGGUUUCUCUGUUGUGGCUUUGUAAUUUACUGAAGACCUAGUUAAAACUUCCAUUUGCUGUUUAUACUUAUGAAGUGUUUCCUGUUUGGUUGAGAUUUAAGACAGUUAAGAGUAACAUACAAUAGUAUUUCAAUAUAUUUAGAGCAGAAGUUGGAGAAUAA